GUUGCUGCGUCGUCGGUGGUUGCUGCGGCGCAAAAGAGCCUUGAAGAAUGGCUUCCGAUAACCGCUUCAAGAGAGGCAAAAUGGUGGUACUCUGCUUUUCACAACUUGACGGCUAUGGUGGGCGCCGGUGUUCUGAGCCUUCCUUAUGCAAUGUCACACUUGGGAUGGGGUCCUGGAACCACUGUGAUGAUCCUGUCAUGGGUAAUCACAUUGUACACGCUAUGGCAAAUGGUUGAGAUGCACGAGAUGACACCGGGAGGGAGGAGAAAUGACAGGUACCAUGAGCUGGGACAAGAAGCAUUCGGUGAAAAGCUUGGUUUGUGGAUUGUCAUUCCCCAACAAUUAUUGGUUGAAGUUGGUACUUGCAUUGUGUAUAUGGUCACUGGAGGCAAGUCUUUGCAAAAGGUUCAUGAAACUUUUUGUCCCGAAUGCACGCCAAUCAAGACCAGUUAUUGGAUCAUGGUCUUUGCUUCCGUCAACUUCGUGCUUGUCCAGCUCCCCAACUUCAACUCUAUUUCUGCCAUCUCUCUGGGUGCAGCUGUGAUGUCUGUGACUUACUCUACCAUCGCUUGGGGUGCAUCCAUCAAUAAAGGAAUUACACCAGAAGUAUCUUAUGACGUGAAAAUGAAAAGCACGAGUGAUGGUGUGUUUCAUUUCUUCUCUGCAUUGGGAGAUGUGGCAUUUGCAUAUGCAGGACAUAACGUAGUGUUAGAGAUUCAAGCAACAAUGCCUUCAUCGGCGGAGAAACCUUCCAAGAUAGCAAUGUGGAAAGGGUGUGUCUGGGCAUACAUUGGAGUUGCAAUAUGCUACUUCCCUGUUGCUUUUGUUGGCUACUACAUGUUUGGAAAUGCCGUGGAUGAUAACAUCCUUAUCACACUCGAACAUCCUGCUUGGCUUGUUGCCAUAGCUAAUCUCUUUGUUGUCAUCCAUGUCAUCGGAGGCUAUCAGGUGUUUGCAAUGCCAGUCUUUGACAUGUUGGAAACCUUUUUGGUGAAACGAUUGAAUUUCUCACCUUCUUCUACCUUACGUGUCAUAACUCGCACUCUAUAUGUUGGAAUCACAAUGUUAAUAGCAAUCAGCAUCCCAUUUUUUGGUUCUCUUCUUGGAUUUCUUGGUGGAUUUGCCUUUGCUCCAACUUCGUACUUUCUUCCAUGUAUCAUAUGGCUUAAACUCAAAAAACCUAAAAAAUAUGGUUUGUCUUGGAUAAUUAAUUGGAUUUGCAUUGUUAUUGGAAUAUUAAUAAUGACACUAUCACCUAUUGGUGCUUUGAGGAAUAUCAUUAUCUCAGCCAAAAGCUACAAAUUUUUCUCAUGA